GUGAAGAGAAUAUAAAUGAGAGAGAGGAAAAGCAGCGCACAGAUGUCACAUCUCUGCGGCAUCCCUGCACUACUGCAAAUGCAGCUGAGCAUUUCUGGGUUUAUUUUCAGUUUGAUGGUUUUGAUUGCAUGACUGGCACCUCCUCAUCAUGUAAACUCUGGCUACCCUUCCCUCACAUGGAACUGGUUUUGCAGCUGGAGGUACGGCAAUGCUCCAUCGUGGCAACGAACUGACCACCUCAGUUACUAAACUCCAGUGCUCUAGGAACCCCUGUGCGUGGGAGAACUUAAAUGGCCGAGAGACUCCAGAGUAAAUGAACUGGGAGAGAGAAUUAAAAGGAGAGGUUUCUUUAGGUGAACUUUUUUGGUUGUCUGCUCUGCCAGCAGCCUUGUACAGUAAGGAAGAAAACGGCGGCAGCAGUCCUGCUUCCCCACUCUCUCUCUCAAUAAUCUAGUCCUAUAAGCUUCUGGAAGAUGGACUCAUGAUAUUUAAAGUCUGGACUGGUUAUAGAGAGUGAAGGUACCAGACAGCUACUAUACCUGGUCUUGGGACUGCAUCGUCCUGCUAGAAAACAAAGCCAUCAGAAAGAGAAGCAGUGUGCAGGGUAGAAGGGAACAGGACCCAUAUGUCAGUGGUCUAGGAUGGCCAGUGAAGGCUCCAGUAUCCCAAGUCCUGUGGUCCGUCAGAUUGACAAGCAGUUUCUGAUUUGCAGCAUAUGCCUGGACCGCUACAAGAACCCCAAAGUACUUCCCUGUCUGCACACUUUCUGUGAGAGGUGCUUACAGAAUUACAUUCCAGCCCAUAGCUUAACCCUGUCCUGCCCUGUGUGCCGCCAGACAUCCAUUCUACCAGAGAAAGGGGUUUCUGCACUACAGAACAACUUCUUUAUCACCAACCUGAUGGAUGUCCUGCAACGAACACCAGACAACAGCAUUGAAGAGUCCUCCAUCUUGGAGACUGUCACUGCUGUUGCUGCAGGCAAACCACUCUCCUGUCCCAAUCAUGAUGGAAAUGUGAUGGAGUUUUACUGCCAGUCCUGCGAGACUGCUAUGUGCCGGGAAUGUACAGAGGGAGAACAUGCAGAGCAUCCCACAGUACCGCUCAAGGAUGUGGUGGAGCAACACAAGGCUUCUCUCCAAGUCCAGUUGGAUGCUGUCAACAAAAGGCUUCCAGAAAUCGACUCAGCACUUCAUUUUAUAUCUGAAAUCAUACACCAGUUAACCAACCAAAAGGCUAGCAUUGUAGAUGACAUUCAUUCCACUUUUGAUGAACUCCAGAAGACUUUAAAUGUGCGAAAGAGCGUGCUGCUUAUGGAACUGGAAGUGAAUUAUGGCCUUAAACACAAAGUCCUACAGACGCAGCUGGAUACCUUACUUGAAGGACAAGAAAGCAUUAAAAGUUGCAGCAACUUCACAGCCCAGGCUCUCAACCAUGGCACUGAAACUGAAGUUCUGCUGGUGAAGAAGCAAAUGAGUGACAAGCUGAAUGAACUGGCUGAGCGAGACUUCCCAUUGCAGCCUCGUGAAAACGACCAGUUGGACUUCAUAGUGGAAACAGAAGGCCUGAAGAAGUCCAUUCACAAUCUGGGUACUAUUUUAACCACCAACGCUGUUGCUUCUGAAACAGUUGCGACAGGGGAAGGCCUGAGGCAGACAGUGAUUGGACAGCCUAUGUCUGUUACCAUCACAACUAAGGACAAGGAUGGGGAGCUCUGUAAAUCUGGGAAUGCUUACCUCACUGCUGAGCUGAGCACACCUGAUGGGAGCGUAGCAGAUGGAGAAAUACUUGACAAUAAAAAUGGCACUUACGAAUUUUUGUAUACUGUUCAGAAAGAAGGGGACUUCACUUUGUCACUGAGACUUUAUGAUCAACAUAUCAAGGGCAGCCCAUUCAAACUCAAAGUGGUCAGAUCAGCAGAUGUGUCUCCUACCACUGAAGGUGUUAAGAGGCGUGUUAAAUCUCCUGGCAGCGGUCAUGUGAAGCAGAAAGCUGUGAAAAGACCUGCGAGUAUGUACAGCACUGGCAAAAGAAAAGAGAAUCCCAUUGAAGAUGAUUUGAUCUUCAGAGUAGGCACCAAAGGAAGAAACAAAGGGGAAUUUACGAAUCUUCAAGGUGUAGCUGCAUCUACAAAUGGAAAAGUAUUGAUAGCAGACAGUAACAACCAGUGUGUGCAGAUAUUUUCCAAUGAUGGUCAGUUCAAAAGCCGUUUUGGCAUACGAGGAAGAUCUCCCGGCCAGUUGCAGAGGCCAACAGGAGUGGCUGUGCAUCCCAGUGGUGACAUCAUCAUUGCAGAUUAUGAUAACAAAUGGGUUAGCAUAUUCUCAUCAGAUGGAAAAUUUAAGGCCAAAAUUGGAUCUGGAAAGCUCAUGGGCCCUAAAGGUGUUUCUGUGGAUCGUAACGGACACAUAAUCGUAGUGGACAACAAAGCCUGCUGUGUCUUCAUCUUCCAGCCAAAUGGGAAAAUAGUCACCAGGUUCGGCAGUCGAGGAAACGGUGACAAGCAGUUUGCAGGUACACUUGAUGGUCCUCAUUUUGCAGCUGUAAACAGCAACAAUGAAAUCAUUGUUACAGAUUUUCAUAACCAUUCUGUCAAGGUAUUUAACCAGGAGGGAGAAUUCUUACUGAAGUUUGGAUCCAAUGGAGAAGGAAAUGGACAAUUUAAUGCACCAACUGGAGUAGCUGUAGAUUCCAACGGAAAUAUUAUCGUAGCAGAUUGGGGAAACAGCCGGAUACAGGUUUUUGAUGGAAGUGGAUCGUUUUUGUCCUACAUUAACACCUCUGCUGACCCACUUUAUGGUCCCCAGGGUCUGGCCCUUACUUCUGAUGGCCAUGUUGUAGUUGCAGACUCUGGAAAUCAUUGCUUCAAGGUCUACCGAUACUUACAGUAGCCAUGCACUCUGGAGCUGGAUGAUCAUCCACCCUUAAGAAAAGACUGGUCCUAGAGAUCCACUGCAGGAUAUCUCCUACUUUGAGUUAAUUUUUAAUAAUGGAGGAGUCUCUUACAGACUUCUUGUGUUAAUUUCCAAACUUACUUUGUUUACAAAGGACUUGCACCUCCUAAGUUUCUCACUGAACUUUUGUUGUAAGGGUUAAUACACAGAAUCUUUAACUGACUUCAUAAAGACAAUGUGAUAUUAAACACAAACUGCAGCUUAUGGAACUGGAACUAACUAAGUAGGCAAAAACAAGGAAAAAAGAAUGGGAAAAGUCCCCAAAGCUUUUUGAAGACUGCGAAGGGUAGCUCCUGCUCAGAGCUUCCAAAUCUGAAGAAGUGUCACUGUUAUGCAUUAUUUAACCCAGAGGUGAUCCUGGGAAUCCUCUAGAUCUCAUUAUCAUGGUAGGUAUUACACUUUUUAACAUUCUUGAGUCUUGCUAUCUAUAACAAGUAAGUCCUUUUAGUAUAAGGUUAAGUCUCAUGACACCCAUCUAGCUCUAACCGUCAGACCUAACACAGCUCAACAUUUAGCACUACAAGAAUCAAUGCAAAUUCCCUACUCGUGUGGGAUUAAUGAAGGAUUGUUUCACGUGCUUGUUUUUCACUCUUCCUCUUGCUCAGUGUGCUGGAAAGACUCUGCAGAGACCUGACAAUUCUAAAGCUCUGGAAAAACUUCAUUGUAGCGAUACAUUAGUGAGAGCUGGAUUUCUGUACAACGACAGACCUUUUGACACCAAACUAGUUCAUUAGGAUCAGGGUUAUUACAAUGUUAACUCAAUUAACCUCAUGUGUGUGCCACUCUUUCGUGUGCGUUCAUUGCCAUGUUCCCUCAAGGCAACUCAUUGUAUUAACCGGUAAAAUAAAACGCAGCAUCACACAGGACAGAAAGCCAGAGAGGUACCCCUAUGGAGGACCUGCAUUAUACAACCAAAGGAACUGUGGUAAACAGAGGUUGUAUAGGAAAGCCAAGGGUUACCAAAGCUAUUUGUUUUUACGUGGUGAAAAACACGUUACAAAUGAGAAUGAAUUUGAACCGAUUCCUGAAGUCCUUCAUCAAAGGGAAUUUUGUUAGAGGACAAAAUAAGGACUGUGAGAUUUGUUCCAAUUUGUUUGUACGUAUGUAUGUAUGUAUGACUGAAACAGAAAUAAAGUAAAUGUAGCUUAUUUCAGCAAAUGGGGAAGUAUGUAUGCCAUUUAACAAUGGCAGUGCUCUGAGAGGCAUCCCUCCUCCUUCCUGCCAGAUCUCUCUGCUGUGUUCUUUGUUGAAAUAUUAAUUUAACUGGAAAUGCUUACAAUCAUAUGACUUGUUCUGUUUUGAAUGCUUUUUUAAGUGUGAACUCGUCCUUUUAAAACUAGCAUUGGCUUUAUUCUUCUAAAUCCAGUGAUCAAAGGAUGAAUUGUUACGUAGCCUAGUACAGAGAGAGUGGUGCUCACUCUCAAACCUCAUUUGAGGAGCUGGUGAGUUUGCUGCCAAUGCCCACGAUAGCCUGGGAAGUACCGUCUGUCUUUUCUCAUUUUUAGGGCCUUGAAACAAAAGGGCAUUGGGCCAGGACCAGGGGAGUAUUUUAAGCAUGUUUGCAAAAUUGAAAGAAAAUCUUUUGUUAAAUUACUUAUUAUAAGUAUUUGUCUUAUUCCUAAAAGGUUAAGGUUGCUGUUUCAAUGGAUUUGAGAACAUUAUUUUUUGGUAAAGAUGCAUUUGACUUGUAAAAUGCAGAGCCCAGACUUCUUAAGUGUGGAGUUUGUUUCUUGAAGAUGUUUCCUUUUCUUUCCUUUGUUUAUUGUUUUGCACAUGGAGCCAAUUUACAAACUCUCAUGCAAAGACAAGUUUUCUUAUUUCACUGGUAUAAAUAUUUUGUGUGUAAGGCUUAAGGUUUGGACUAUAUAAUGCAGCUAAGAAACUGGUGGUAGUAAUGUUUUUGAAAUGAUAAAGACCAAGACUAUUGUUACCACAAGAACAAAAUAUCCUCUGGUUGAAGUAAGUUUGUCCUAAAAUUCUUAAGAUGAUAUCUCAGUUGUUAAAUAAUAAAGUGUCCUACCAAAAUUUAACUAAGUUGUAGAUCAGAUUUUCUGAUGAUUAAGUAAUUUUCUUCUAAGUGUCCUUAUAAGCAGACUUCUGCAAGCAAAUAACUUCUGACAUUGGAAUGCCCUUAAAUGGCUAAUUUAUCAGUGAAGAAAAGAUAUGCAGCAUUUUAAGAGGUUGUAAAGGUACUUUGAGAUAAAAAGAAAGUGAGAGGUGUGCUGUUGCUGUCAGUUACCAAUACUACUAAUAAAAUCUAGUUCCAGAUUUGGAUUUUCAUAAUGUUUUACUAAACUUGCAUGGUUUCCACUCAGGAAACAUUGCCAAAUCUUCUGUGUCCAGGAAUUCUGAGAACCACAGAAAUCAGACUCUAACCUAUAAAUCAAAACAUAUUAAUUAAGACUGUUCUUUUCCAUGUAUUGACUUCUGUCUCAGAAGCUUUGCAGUCCCUUUGUUUUACUGUUGUUUACUUGGAUUUUAUAUAACCUGUGACAACCCAAUGAAAUAGGGAGCUCUGCACACUCCCCCUUACAAUCCAGCUAACAGUUGUUAGGGAUGAUGUGGAUUUUUUCUUACUAUGGAACAGUCUUUUGGGUUUUCAGACAUUAGUGAGGUUUCAGACAUUAUCAUCAGAGCAGCACUUAACUGCAUCUAAAAUAUAUCACUAAUUUGGAGUUUCUUCUGAGAGCAAAUUUUGCCAGGUGCAGUUUCAGGUUUAGUGGGACAGGGCAUUCCUUCCCAAGGUCUGACCACCUCUGCCUGGCACUGGGAAGCCAAGAUGCAUGGUGCACUUUCAUGGUGUACUUCUGAAGCCAGCUUAGCUUAAAAUGCUUGGCUUCCACACCUUACAAAGAGCAACCAAAGCAGAAAGUCUGUUCUAAAAAUCUGGCAGAUUAUUUUCUCAUCCAAUUAAGAGAACAUCAAAAUUGGGCUACUUGAUUUGCUAUGUUGUUAGCAUUUAUUAAAGGCCUUACAGGCAUUCUGCUGCCAGAUUUCAGGUGUAACCAUAUGAUCCCUUGACUCCCCAGAAUGCUAACUGACUAGCACAGCAUGAGUGGUGAAAAAUGCACACUUCAUUUAACUAAUCUUAACUCAAAAGGUACCUCAGAAAUUUAUCCUAUCUUUUGUAAUUUGGAGCAUUUUAGGACAAACUAGCCAAUGGUAUGUUCAUUGUCUUGUGAAUAGAAUGAAGGAUCUGCUCAGAUAAAUCCUGUGUAAACAGCCAGAGAUUUUUACAUAGGCUAAAGCAGCAGCAACGUGGCUGGAAAUGAAAAUGGUUUAGGCAAGCAUUUGCCUAAUGUGUAUGAAGGGUUAUUUAUUAGUAAAUGCUCCUUUGUUCUGUAAAAGCUAGAGGGCUUUUGCUUUUUUGGUCAAUAUUUUCUAUAACUAGGGAUCUAGUGUUGCCAUAAUGAGAACUACAAGUGCCCCAUAUGUUGUUUGCUAUGAGGAAAUGGCUUUCAGCUGUGAGUGCCAGCUAGUUAUGAAGUCAUGGCGUGCACUGAAAAAUCGUGAGCAGCAAUUGCUUUGGCUCGUUCGUGGGGAGUGUGCAGAAGGUAUUUGUGCUACGGAGUAGGAAGACUAUUUCCAAUGAAUGUACAGCACUUUGGUUGAUGUUUGUGAGCAACACGGCCUUAAGCCUGACACCUUUACUUUGGCAUUAUGACAUGGGAAUGUUCCCUCAGCUGCAUAGUGUAUGGCAGUAGUCCCUUUUAGAAAUCCCUACCAGCUGAUAAGCUGCAGCUUCCAGUUCUAGGAGUAAGUCUGGCUUUUUUCUUAAUUUGUUUUUCUAAAAGGGGUUUUGUACAUUCCAUCUUUGGAUCAUCUCUUAUGUUUUGUGUAUGCGUGUAAGCUUUGCACUCUCUUGACACUCAUAAUGAAAUAUUCUCCUCGUUUGGGUUCCUUUCAUUUGGUUUUGUUUGUUUGUUUUUUAAACCCCUGUGAGGCUAAACACAAACUUUGUCUCCUUAAGGUUAAGGAUGAAAGAUGCGCAUCAAAGUGUUUGUGUGUGUGUAGUUUUAGCUUCCUGUGUGCCACAAUAUUCUUGAUGCUUUAGCCAACAAUUACAAAAACAAAUUACUCUGUCUUGGAAAACAUGAAUCAAAUGUGUAACUUUACCACGCACAAAAAUGUCAAAUAAUAAAAAUAAAGCUUGUUUCCUCUGUUA